GGGCCAGAUACGCAAUUGCAGCCACAACACGCCUCCCUACCCUUCCCAAACCUCACCUUGAACACUCCACGGCGUCAAGAUGAGUCUCCAAGCGCCCUCCCUCUCGCUGCGCUCCAAGAGCCCGUCGCGCAACAGCGGCGCCACCAAGGCGGUGAUCCUGGUCGGAGGCCCGUCCCGCGGCACAAGGUUCAGGCCUCUGUCCAUGGAGCUGCCCAAGCCACUGUUCCCCGUCGCCGGCCACCCCAUUAUCGAGCACUGCUUCCGCGCCGUCGCAGCGGUCCCCGAAAUCAAGGAGGUCUUCAUCGUCGGCUACUAUGAGGAAUCCGUCUUCCAGCCCUUCAUCAACUCCGUCUCGACCACGUGGCCGCAGCUGAGCGUCAAGUACCUGCGCGAGUACCAGGCCCUGGGCACCGCCGGCGGCCUCUACCACUUCCGCGAUGUCAUCCUCAAGGGUCGGCCCGAGAAGCUGUUUGUGCUCAACGCCGACAUCUGCUCGUCGUUCCCCCUGCAGGAGAUGCUGCGGCUGUUCGACGACAAGGACGCCGAGGCCGUCAUGCUGGGCACGCGCGUCGCCAACGACUCGGCCUCCAACUUUGGCUGCAUCGUCUCGGACGCCCACACCAAGCGCGUGCUGCACUACGUCGAGAAGCCCGAGUCGCACAUCUCGAACCUCAUCAACUGCGGCGUCUACCUCUUCUCCACCGAGUGCAUCUUCCCCGCCAUCCGCUCCGCCAUCAAGCGCCGCACCGAGCGCCCGCGCCUGCUCUCCUACCCGUCCUCGGAGAACCUCGAUUCGUCUUUCUACCAGGGCGACGACGACGACGAGGACAAGGCCAACCUCGUCAUCCGCCUCGAGCAAGACGUCCUCUCCGACAUUGCCGACUCGCGCCAGUUCUUCGUCCUCGAGACCAAGGACUUCUGGCGCCAGAUCAAGACGGCCGGCUCCGCCGUCCCCGCAAACGCCCUCUACCUGCUCAAGGCCUUCCAGUCGGGCUCCGACGAGCUCGCCGCGCCCUCGGCCAACCUCAUCCCCCCCGUCUACAUCCACCCGAGCGCGCACAUCGACCCGACAGCAAAGCUAGGCCCCAACGUAUCCAUCGGCCCUCGCGUGACAGUCGGCGCAGGCGUGCGCAUUAAGGAAUCUAUCGUGCUCGAGGACAGCGAGAUCAAGCACGACGCGUGCGUCAUGUACACGAUCAUUGGGUGGCACAGCAAGGUGGGCGCGUGGGCGCGCGUCGAGGGCACCGCGCUGCCCGUCACCAACCACAGCACCAGCAUCAUGAAGAACGGCGUCAAGGUCCAGAGCAUCACUAUCCUGGGCAAGGACUGUGUUGUUGGCGAUGAGGUGAGGGUCCAGAAUUGUGUGUGUUUGCCGUAUAAGGAGUUGAAGCGUGAUGUGGCGAAUGAGGUUAUUAUGUAGAGUAGAGUAGAAAAGAGUAGAGUGGAGUUAAAUCCACACAACCUCACAAAUUCAUCUGUUGUUGAGUGGGUUGAUGGCUUGGGUGGGCUAGUGACUGGGGUCUUAUGUUCUUGAGUGUUCUAAUAACUUGAAUGGGCAGCUGGUGUCGGUGCUUUGCGUGCGGCUGUCGAUACAAGCUAGGCAAUUCAAAAGAAGUCAUCUUCUUGAGCGGCAAUAUGACAGCAAGGUAUCGGAUGGAAACUUGGCUGUCUUGCUCGUUCUAUUCGAAUGCUCUGCCUAUCUCGUGUUGCGGAGAACGCUGGUGUUGUGACAAGGGAGCAAGAAGAUUUAACAGAAGCGCGAGUAGUGCUGCGACAGCUGGAAAUAUCA